AGGACAGUAAAGACUCAUUGGCCCGGUGGUGGCCUCAGCAGACGGAGCUAUGGGGACCCUAGCCACCAGGGCCGCGUGCCAUGGGGCACACCUGGCCCUGGCUCUGUUGCUGCUACUGUCGCUGUCGGGUCCCUGGCUGUCUGCUGUCGUCCCCGGGACUCCGCCUCUCUUCAACGUCAGUCUGGACGCGGCCCCGGAGGAGCGCUGGCUGCCGAUGCUGCAGCACUACGACCCAGACUUCGUGCGCACGGCGGUGGCGCAGGUCAUUGGCGACAGGGUUCCCCAGUGGGUACUCGGGAUGGUCGGAGAAAUUGUGUCGAAGGUGGAGAGCUUCCUGCCUCAGCCCUUCACCGACGAGAUCCGCGGCAUCUGUGACUCGCUCAACCUCAGCCUGGCUGACGGUAUCUUGGUCAACCUGGCCUACGAGGCUUCCGCAUUCUGCACCAGUAUUGUGGCCCAAGACUCCCAAGGCCGUAUUUACCACGGCCGGAACCUGGACUAUCCUUUUGGAAAAGUCUUACGAAAGCUGACAGCGGACGUGCAGUUUAUAAAGAAUGGGCAGAUUGCAUUCACUGGGACCACUUUUGUUGGCUAUGUAGGACUGUGGACAGGCCAAAGUCCACACAAGUUUACAAUUUCUGGUGAUGAACGAGAUAAAGGCUGGUGGUGGGAGAAUAUGAUUGCGGCGCUUUCUCUGGGACACUCCCCCAUCAGCUGGCUUAUCCGCAAAACCCUGAGUGAGUCAGAAAGCUUUGAAGCAGCUGUCUACACUCUGGCCAAGACUCCCCUCAUUGCUGAUGUUUAUUACAUUGUUGGGGGUACAUUGCCCAAGGAGGGAGUAGUCAUCACCAGGGACAGAGGUGGCCCGGCAGACAUUUGGCCUCUUGACCCUCUGAAUGGAGAGUGGUUCCGAGUUGAGACAAAUUAUGACCAUUGGAAGCCUGCACCCAAGAGGGAUGACCGAAGAACACCAGCCAUCAAAGCCCUAAAUGGCACAGGGCAAGCUCACCUCAGUCUGGAGACCCUCUUCCAGGUUUUAUCCCUGUAUCCUGUUUAUAACAACUACACAAUUUAUACUACAGUGAUGAGCGCUGCCGAGCCCGACAAGUACCUGACCAUGAUCAGAAACCCGAGCUGAAGGUGAUGUAUUGUCAAAAAGCUGCAUUAGAAGUCUAAGACUGGAAGGACUGUCCCGUUUCCUGAGCAACGCAGGCUCCCUCCCUACAGAGCGUUUCUGCCUGUGGAGGAGGAGAUCUCUCCGCACACACAUCUGGAGGAAGAGGAGCACAGCCUCCUGUCUUGAUCCUCCUGACUUCCUGGUCCCCUUGAGCUUCACUAACAGCCCACCUUGGCUUGAACAACUCGCAUAACUGUCUCAGAGGUCAGGCUGCACCCAACUAGUCACAAGUGUCCUGUGAUUCUAUGUUCACACUCCUGCUUGUCCACUGAAGAAGGGACAGGACAAGAUGGCUGUCAUGUGGACAAACCCAGGUUUCUCCUAAGGCUGGGUGAGGCUUAGUGGCAGGGUUUGCGCCGAUAGAUAGAUAGAUAGAUAGAUAAAUAGAUAGAUAGAUGAAUGAGAGUUUUCUCUGAAGAGCCGAGACCUCUAAUUUGAGUAAAAUUUUCUUGAAGAUAUGAACUCUGACUUUUGAUUUUGUGUUCCCAUUUAGUAGAAACUAAUUUUUUGUAAACUUCUAAUGUAUUUUUUAAUGUGGGCCUUAUUAAAAAUAAAACUACUUUCUUACUACUUUUGAAAAGUAUAUGACACCAAAUAAUAUCCUGUCAUCGUUUGUUAAUAAAACGUCAAAAAAAAU